AUGCCAGGUUCGGCAACACCAGAGAUCCAGGCCACGGCGGCCGACCUCUCGCCAGUAUCCCCCAAUCCCGUGCACGCCGUUGCGCCUGUCGUGCUUCCCGCCCUACAAGACACUGCCGACAUGCUUGAUGCCAUGACCGAAAUGCCAUCGGUUCAGGAGAUCAGAGACGCUGGCCUGAGUCUCGUCCCUGUCUCCGAACCUGCCCCGCCACUCGCCAACACGCACAACGAUCAGAACAUAAACGACAACGAUAGCGAGCUUGACAGCCUCGAUGAAGCAUACAAAGGAGAAGAGGGGGAUGCGACAGGCAACCCACUGCAGAAUGAACAAGAACAGCCUGAUGCCGUCGAGGAUGACUACCUCAAGUCCUUCGACUCGCCUGUUCAGGAUGAGCUCGACACCGUCGCGGGACAGCAUCAUGUAUCCCAAACAGCAGACUCCCACACAAAUCACCUUUCUUCCGAUCUUUCGCAGAACGCUCAAGUGGUUCCCGAUGUUGACUCGUCCACGACUCGGCAGCCCCCAGCUGCCCAGCCUGCCUCCCAGCCAACAGCCGAUACCAUCAUCUCCAACGGACGCCCAGAGUCCGCGAACGGCGAUGCGCAAGCCAUCGACAUCUCCCGCCUCGUGGCCGAGAUGACCGCCCAGGCAGAUGAACAUUCCGCCCAGCAACCCACCCUGUCCAAUACCCAGCCAGAGCCUACCCAGGACAUGCCUCCAUCUGCGUCUGCUUCGCUACCCCCCAAGCCUCCCGUGACAGACGGUGCUUCUCUUGUUCUUGCGAACCCGGAUGACAUCCAUCUGCUUCACCAGCCGCACGGCGUGGCGAAUCAUCCCACUCAUUAUGCAACUGCCGGAGCUACAGUCAAUUUUGCCGAUGCUGCCCACUUCCAGCCUCCUCUUGCUCCCACGUCGUUCAAUGCCCCUGCUCACCCUAGUUCUGCCGACUUCAACAAGCCGCCCAACGAGGCUACUGAUUCCAACUCUCUCUGGGAGGCUUUUAAUGCUGACGAACGGAAAUAUAUGGCGGAAGCGAGAUGGGAUAAAUUCCCUGAAGGUUCCAGGAUCUUUAUCGGCAACCUUUCUAGCGAACGAGUCUCAAAACGGGAUGUCUUUAACAUUUUUCGCCAGUACGGCCCCUUGGCACAGAUCUCACUCAAGUCUGCGUACGGCUUUGUGCAAUACCACACGGUGGAUGAUGCACAAGGUGCCAUGCAAAACCUGCAGGGUGCCGAGGUAAAGGGCCGCAAGAUUCACCUCGAGAUCUCUCGCGCGCAAAAGAAAAAGGGCGAGGACCGAAACCGCUCACCCGAUAGGGGAGGCCGUGGUGGAGGGCGAGACUCCGGACGAGACUCAGGACGAGACUCGGGUCAGAGGGGUACCAACGGCUCAAACGACCGGCGAGGGCGUGACGACCGUCGCCAAGGCCGCCCUGCUUCACCGCGGGCCGGCAGAGAUGAUGGCUACGGCCGUGACCGCGGCUACCAGGAACCGCAAUACCCACCACGCGGCCGUUCUCGUACACCGCCAAGCCAUGCGCGGCACCACGACUCGUACCGUCGCCGCAGCCCCAGUCCGGCUGGUCACCGCAGCCGCGGUCACGACAAUUCGCACGACGACCGACUCCCACUGCCUCGACGACACGGCAGUCAGAUUCCUGACGUUCAAUUCUUGCUACUGCAAGAAGUGAAUCCGGAAUUUGUUGACUGGGCGUCACGGGCCUUUGUGGACCGUGGGCUCAAGAUUGACGUUAUGUUCCUCCAUCCCAGCAUGCCGCGGGACGCCGUGAUCCAGAGACAAGUUGUCGAGGGCGUCCACGCCGUGGUGGACCUCGACAUACGGGCCAAUACGACUGGCAGAUUCAGUUUGCGCGUCUUUGAUCGUUCGUCCAGUGGCAGCACGCGAUUUGACGAGUACCAGGAGCUCGAACCCCACGUGGCCGCCGAGCUUGUGGUACGGGCCAAAACACACGCAGCGCCCGCUCCUGCGUACCACGCGCCAGCACCGGCGCAGGCGUAUGGAGGCGGAGGCUACGGCCAGCAGUACCCGCCUCAGCAGCAACAGCAACCACAAGCCCACGCAUAUCCCAGCCAACCAAGCCAUCACCAGAUGCCUCCUGGUCCUGCGCCGAGCGCGGCGGCGGCGGCAGCUGGCGGAUUCCCCGCCGAGCUCCUGGCGUCCCUUGGGCACCUUGACGGCGCGUCGCUGCAGCAACUUGUUGCCGCUGUGCAAAACCAACAAGGAGCGGGGCCCGGCGCGGCAGUUCACGUAGGCAUGCCACAGCAGGUGAAUGGACCAGUCGAUGUGCAGGCCGUGCUCAAUAACCUCAGGGGUGGCGUGGCCGUGACACCAGGAGAAGGUCGGGCUCCGGCUUACGGUGGCGGGGGCUACCCUCCCAAUGGUCCAGGUGGUCUCAACGCACCGAGCGGGCCUGGCGGGCGGCCGCAGCCGCCAGCGUCUCCGGAUUCGGCGUCACAAGUCAACACGAUCAUGGCGCAACUGGCCAAAUUCCGGCAGUGA